AUGUCUAAAAAGAUGAACAUGAUUCCUAGUUACCGAUAUAACAAUGGAAUCUUUGUCUACGGUGUUAAAUUGUUUCGUUUGAUUAGUUUUGUAAUGUAUGGAUUUGCCAUCGGUUGGAUUAACACUCAUCCCUCUGUCCCUCCGUACGAAAGUGUUGGUGCUUUUGGUGGUUCCCUUAAAUUUUUAACUUAUUGGAAUCUAUUGACACAAUUUAUCCUUUUUACCUUAAUCAAUUACUGUGAUUUUUUCCUGCUCUCAUCGGAUGGAACCUUUAAACAUAAUCAAUCGUCAAGUGUAUUAAUUAAACUGAGAGACAUUGUUCACCAUGGACUUGCCUUACCAUUAGGAUUGUUUCCUCAGACUCAAGAUACAUGA